AUGGAAGCCUCCGAUGUCCCUCUCAGAGGACAUGGGUCCAAUCAAGAACUUGCAGCAAUUUCGGCACCGAUUGCCACGUUGAAAGAAGGCAUCAUUUUUAACGGGCUGGGCGAGGCAGGUCAUGAAACCUUCUACUUUUGCGAACAUGAAGGAGAUCGGGUGAAAACGGCACGGAAGCCAUAUGACCGAGCAGUCUCUUGCAUUCUGCUUCGAGCUUUUGCUCUGUGCCCCCGAAAUAUCAAGAUUUGCUCUGAUGGUUACUGGGAUGAAUACAUCUGGGAAAAUGCCCGUGAGCUUUACCGAAGCCUUUGGCCAAAUGAAUGCAUACAGUGCCCUUGGGAUGACGAGACUGACGACUCUGACGACCCUUCCUAUCGGGAAAUGAGGAACCACCAGAGCCGGGUCAUAAGACAAGGUCAGUCAGAGACGAAUGCCGGGAUCCAUAGCCUCCGUGCUAGUCCCAUAUCAACAGUUUCUAUGGUCCAAUUCGAAGCGAUUCGAGACUGGAUUUCCAAUUGCGCAUCAAGCUGUGACCACGGGAAAUGCCGUCCGAAGUCGAUGACAUGGCGGAAGUUUCCUGGAAUCCGAUUUCGACUCAUUGACGUCCGCCAACGAUGUGUUGUGAGUGCUCUCGACGAUUGGCCUUUUGCGGUCCUGUCAUAUGUUUGGGGCGACGUGGACCAGGUCAAGCUCACGACUGCAAACUCUCAAGAGCUAUCCCGACCGCAUGGAUUGGAUUCUGUAUGGCAGCAGAUCCCGACGACGGUCCGAGACGCCAUCCUCGUGUGUGAACGUCUUGGGGAAGACUACCUGUGGGUCGAUGCGUUAUGUAUCAUGCAAGACUCUGCUCGUGACAGGACAAUUCAGAUUCUGCGAAUGCGCUCCAUCUACUCCGCGGCAAAGUUCACGAUUGUUGCAGCGUCUACCAAAACCGCCGACGAGGGCUUGCUGACGAAACAACCAUCUGCGGUGGUUCCGACGCUUUGCAGCUCUAUCGAGGACCUCGAAGCUGUCUUGGCAAUUUCACCCUGGGGUAGCAGAGGUUGGUGCUACCAAGAGCAGGCGUUAUCUCAUCGAGCAAUUCUGUUCAGCUCCAACGGUAUUUUCUUGCAAUGCCAGGAAGCUACACACGAUUUGCAAGGCACGCAACUGGCAAAAUCGAGGUCUACAUCACCAGUCAGCCAAUCCCAGAAGGUAGGCGGCCUAUUGAAUAUUCCGCAAGGACAAAACCUAGAGUACUUUCUCUCUGCCGUGGAACACUACUCAAAGCGUAAAUUCACACUUGGAAAAGACAAGGUCUCGGCUUUUCAAGGCGUUUUCCACACGCUGGAAGGGAUGAUGGAUGGCGAACGGUCAACGUUCCAUUUUGGUCUGCCGACCUGCGCGUUUGACCAAACGGUUUGUUGGCGGGCAGCCCAACAUGGACCCCAUCUGAGAAAUCAGAACUUCCCUAGUUGGUCCUGGCUUGGCUGGGAUAAUGAGGUCUCCUUCGAAAGGAGUCUCGUCGAUCUAACUCGAACGAGCCAUAUGCUCGAAGGCGUUCGCUAUCAAAAAUUGCUUCAUCGGCUGGAGCCUCGUCCUGCUUGUCGCCUCCGCAAGACAAUUAAAUGGCCUUCUACCAAUGACCAUGGCUCCUUCGGUUUUCCCGUAAGCAUUGAUACGACAACAGGUUACAGUUGGCCCAAGUUGGCCUUAGCCACGAGUUCGGCAUAUCUUCGCAUUUCUGCACGCGCGCAACAAAUACGAGGCAGUAACGGUUUAUAUAACGUCUUCCCAACCACUUGCCGAAAGAGCAUGCCCCUUCAAGGACUCAAACCAACAACACACCCUUCGCAGGGUGAUGCCCCGAGAUCAGCCCCUUUAGAUCCGACCAUCGACGAAGCUAGUAAGCAAUACGGGAUCUCUGAUCAUGAGCACCAUGAAGAUUGUGGAGCAGAAGUACCACUGGGCGACAUAUGGCUAGAUAUCACAUGGCGUGAUCACCAGCCUAGAGUCCAUGUUAUGAAGUUCAUCGCCCUGAGUGGUUACCUUGACUCUCAAAGGACAGGCAGGUGGUAUAUUACUAUACUCAUGUGUCUCUUAGUAAUGGACGUCACUUCGGAGAACUCGGAUUAUGAACGAUUUCAGAUCAUGGAGUGCUCUAUUUCAGAGAAUUGUUGGCUGGAAUUCGGUGGCUUUUACGACUUGGUGUCAAUCCGAUAG